CGGCGACACCCAGACAACGACAUUGCUCAAUGGCAACGGAGCUGUUCAAUUCAAUUCCCAUUGUCAGUCUCCUGCAUUUUUAAUCCGUUUUUUUUUUCUUUUCCAUUUUCAUACACUAUUACCGAAUUACACCAAUACUACUCUACCACCUCGUAUAGUCUGCUUCAUCGCGCUCCAGUAUACUACUACAGCUUCUUAAACUUCUUCAAAUCUUUCUCAGGUCAUGGUUGUUCAAACCUACUCCCUCCCCGUUUGCCUCUGUAUGUUGUUUAAUUGAAAGGUUGUAUGCAAAAGCAUUUGGGCCCACUGAAUACCUUGAAUUCAUCAGUCGGUACAAUAGAUAUCCUGCUGCAAUCUGGAAAUAACUAUAAAUCGAGCAGGGCGGAGAGGCAGCAUAUACAAAACACAGAAAAGUCGGGAUUUCUAGCAUUUCUAGCUUUCAUGCGGUCGAGACAAAUAUGCGGGAAUAUCACUCACAUCGAAGAGGCUCAAGUAUCGACGCCGGUGUGUUAGGACGACGUCAUUAUGCACCUCCAUCUAGACAGCUUGUAAUGAGCCCUAGCCUGCCGCAGUUAGAUAUCGCCCAUCAGCAUCACGAACGCCCUGCAGCCCAACGACCAAGCACUCCAAAGAAGCAGACAGGGCCAGAUUCACUUCCAUUGACGCCGGCAACUACGCCCUUUCGGCGAUCAAAAGAUUUUUUCCAAAAUGCCAAGAGUGCUCAGCUAUCGCCAACUAGAAGACAUGCCAGGCGCAGUGUAGACUUGGGCGGUUCCUCGUCUAUGCAACGUACGAGGUCACUGCAAGGGGUCGUUGGAAGCAAUUUCACCCAGCAGAGAGACCAUGCUCCCUGUACAACCAAUCCUGUAUUCUUCAACUCCUUCGAUAGCUUUACCACUCCUUUACCAGACUUUGGAGAUGACGUAUUCUCCGAUUUCACUUUCCACCAUAAUGAGGAUUCAAAAAGCUCCGCGGUCACUUUUAACUUACCGUCUUCUCCUGUCCACUCCUCUUUUAGCUCACAGAAUCAGGCUACCGGCGGCACGCAGUGCGAAGGAGCCGACAAAAGCUCCGCUCGGCCAAAAGUGCCAAUUAUGCCAGCUAUUCCUCUCAUUCCCGCAUAUAAUCAAACUGCCAACUCAAGUCCACGUUCAUCACCACUGAAGGCGCCUUUGUCGCCGAGACCCGUAUCGAUUGCUGAUUUGAAUUUGGAUGCCAACAUUGACGCUUCAAUUGAGGAGACCGGUAUCACCCUUGACGACAUUGCUGCGUUUAUUGAGGGUCCAGAUGUCGACAAAAAGUGGGUGUGUACGUAUGGAGGUUGUAACAAAAGGUUUGGCAGGAAAGAAAACAUUAAAUCUCAUGUCCAGACCCAUCUCGGGGAUAGACAGUUCAAGUGCAACCACUGCAACAAAUGUUUUGUCCGCGGCCACGAUCUAAAACGACAUGCCAAAAUCCAUACGGGAAUUAAGCCCUACCCGUGCGAGUGUGGUAAUAGCUUUGCCCGUCAGGAUGCCCUAACAAGACAUAAACAACGAGGCAUGUGCAGCGGUGCGUUUAAGGGUGCUAUAAGAAAAGUGGUCAAACGUGGGAGACCACGAAAGCACAGACCAGGGCAGGACGAAGCUACCAGGUCGCGCAUUGCGGCAAGCGAGAAGUCCUAUGCCAACUCGAUUUCCGAAUCUUGCCUUUCGUUAGCUUCUCCCCCAAGUGAAAGCAACGAUACAGGAAGUGUACGUGAGUCGAGUAUCGGUGAUGACAUGCAAUACCUACACAGUGAUGGAUUCGGCUUACCUCCCGACGUCUUCACUUUCACACCUCCUGCCUCUCCCGGAUUCAGUACCGGAAAUGUUCCAUCGCCCACUAGAAGCUUCCGUUCAAUGACGCCUACCAUGGACCGUAACUUUCUGUCUCUGUCCCCAACGAAAAGACCCCUCGAUGAUAUCCCAGAAGAAAUCCCAGAUAUCUCGCUUCUUUGCCCAGGCUCUCCAACUCCAGUUAAAAAAGAACGCCCAAUCUCUUCCCAGUUUUUGCUUCUGUCGCCGGCAGAACCCACUUUCGCCGCUGCUCACGGUUUAGAAUUUGACGUCUUCACCUGCAGCCAGGAUACCACCCCUCCUUCUCUGUCCACAACCUUUGAAGAGAAUGACCUUGCUUCACUCCAAAUUCCGUCCAUGAUCGGAAGUCUUCCAAUGGAGCCAGGGAACUCUACCUCCUCGGGAUAUGAAUCUGACCUCUUCCUCGCUACUACUCCUACCCAAUGUGAUAACGUUGCCGAUCUUGGCCUUAGUAACCAAUUUUUCUCAGGAUCAUUCUCACAGUAUUCUGAGGAUUUUUUUAGCAGUUUUUCUUCGGAGGUGGAUAAUGAACUGUGAUACGUUUUAUGAUAUGCUUGAAAUGACUUUUAACACGGUCCACGGGUAAUGUGUAAAACUUACUAUAAUUGGGUGGGAACGCUUGUUACGAUAGAUAAUGAUUGAUUAAGCCUCCUUUUCGCUGGGUUUUCUGGACGUUGGAAUUUGCAAACUUGAUUUUACUUGAUCCUCAAAAUAUUUUGGCACCUGACCCCGCUGCCUACAUGCUUUCUCCAUUUGGGCUUUUUAUGUUUGUCCCUCGCUUUUUGUUUUUUUUAUUUACUUUUCAUAUGUUUCUAGGAUGAAGCUUUGGGAUAUGAUUUCUUUUGUCCUAUUUUUCCUACUUUUUCCCUUAUCUCAUAUUUCUCUAGUUUCACUAUUUUCCAUCUUUAGGGACCAUUUUAUAAUGACCUUGUACAACACAACAAUAGCGUGUGAGCUUUGCAAUUCUGCUUUCUUGUUUUUUUGGUUUGUUUUUAAAAAUGCAAUGUAUUUGGAAAAGGUCUUGCAAGAUUGAAUGAUUUUUAUUUUUGUUGCUUUCGAUAGUUACAAGUUUGGUGGCAAAGAAAAUUUCCCCUUUUUCGGAUGAUGUUCAACUUGGUGGUUUUAAUUUUCAUUUAUUGGUGUUUUUUGUUCAAUUCAGCUCUGUUUUUCUUUUAAUGUUUUGAUUUGUGCAUGACAGUGUCAUCAUCUGUACUCCAGCAUCUGGCUACUAAAGGCCUAAUUAUCCAUGUUGGAAGAAGAAUUCGCACAAAUUCAUAUCUUGUAGCAAAGGUGCAUCAAGCUAAAUAAAAAUGAGAAGAUAGCCACAACAAUAAAAUCAAGCGCUCCCAUAUAUUACCUAAUAUAAAAUUACGUUAACUAGGUUAACUAACUUAUUCUAAUCUAUAUCGAU